AUGCGCGCGCUGCCACUGCUGCUGAGCCUGGCGGCCGCCGCGAGCGCCGAGCGCGGCAUGCGCCGCGGCAUGCGGGCCCCAGAGGCCGCCAUGCCCUGCCACCACGAGCGUGACGAUGCAACCGCCGGCCUCAUGGCCGUGCUGAACGAGCACUUCCAGCGCUCGAGCGAGAUGCUGCAGCGCUUCUUCAGCCUGGGGGCGCCCCAGCAGGCGGAAGACGCCACUGUGCGCAUUGUGCUGAUUGAAGAGGAGGAGCCGGAGGACCCGGCGCUGGAGAGGAAGCGCGCGUGCUUGAAGGCGCUGGAGAAGAUCCACGAGCAGGACGCGCUGCAGCAGCAGGCGGAGACGCUGAUGCAAUACUUCCGCUCGGCCUUCGGCACGGUCUCGCUGCAGCUCUGGAGUGAGACCUCGUGCGAAGAUCUCGGCCGCCCGGAGCUCAUCGAGCAGUGCAACGUGGUGCUGAAGGCGGAGGACGUGGUGAAGAAGUUCCUGCAGGAGGGCAAGACGGACGACGAGGUGUGCGACGCCAUGUCGGCGGUCUCGGACUUGGAGGGGACGGACAACUUGUCGUGCAAGUUGUGCCAGAGGUUCGUGCAGAUGGUGGACCAAGCGCUGGAGCAGGAGGUGCAGCAGGUGGAGCAGGUCCGAGCCAUCAUCGGAGACCUGUGCGACGCCAUGGCGGCGGACUCCAUGUGCCACACGUUCCUCAAGAACUACGACGCCAUCGUGGACUGGCUGAAGCACGGCACGGACCCGCUGGUGGUGUGCGCGCGGAUCUCCAUGUGCUCGUCGGACAGCGGCAGCGCCAGCCAGAUUGAAGAUGCGUCUGCAACUCCCGAUGAGCUCGAGACGGUUGAAGACGGAGCUCUGGUCACCACUGACUUCUUUGAGGACAAGGACCAGUCGUGCUUCUUCUGUACUCGUGUGGCUGGAGUCAUCUACCAAGCGAACAACCUUUUCCCGGAGCAGCUUCCGGCGCUGAAGGCCGUGUUGGGGAAUGUCUGCCAAAUGGCGUCGCCGGAGGCGAAAUGCCAAGAAGUGGAAGCCAACUUCGAUCGAAUUGUUCAGCUGGCUCAGCAGGGUCAGCAACCCCACGAGAUCUGUGGAAGCAUGGAGUUCUGCCCCAUGACGCCUCACCAUGGAAUGCCCCCAUCCGAAAUGCUCGGUGACGACAAAACGUGCGUCUACUGCGAUGCUGCCACGACUGUUGUGGAGGUUAUCAUUCAAGAAUCCCCGGAGCAGAUUGACCAGAUUCGUGACUACGCUGACAUGAUCUGUGGCAUGCUGGGUGAUGACAGUCCCUGCCACGUGUAUGUCAACCAGUUGGAUACUGUGAUUGAUUCGCUGAAGAAGGGCGUGCACCCUCGUGACAUUUGCAAGGCGCUGAAUUAUUGCUCGGCCGAAAGUUUGGACGCACCCCCACAAUUGGAUGAAAGCCCUCGUGUGGGUAUGAUGCGAAACGGACCUCUUGGAAUGCACCACCGCGUGGGUAUGAUGGGACCCGGGGGACGUCACGGCCGUCACGGCCGCCAUGGCAGAAUGGACAUGAUGCAUGGUGGUGAACACCUUCCGCACCCUCCUCACCCCCACCCUCAUGGCAGUUGCUUCUUCUGCUCGCGCGUGACCAUUGUUAUUCACCAUGUUAACCACACGUCCCCCGAAAAGCUGCCGAUCGUGAAGAAGAUCCUGACCAACGUGUGCCAACUGGUUCCGUCUGACUGCAAGUGCGAUGUUGUCGACAAGAACUUCGACAAGAUUGUGCAAAUGGAGAAGGAGGGCAAGCGCCCUCACGAAAUUUGCAAGUCACUAGGCGGCUGCAACAAAACGGGAGGCUGGGAGGAGGGUGAUCAUUCCAUCGCCAAUGAAAUGAAGGGCGUGGUCGUGGCUUCGCAGUGGCCCCCUGGAAACGCUACGCAGUGCACGUACUGCCAAUUUGCGACUACGGUGGCCAAAGUCGCGCUCCAGCAAUAUGGUGCUGACAUCCGCCAGAUUCGUGCGUACGCGGACAUGAUCUGCGAUAUCCUUGGCGCAGAUAACCCGUGCCACGUGUAUGUGAAGGAGUUCGACUUCGUUAUUGACUCCAUUACCAAGGGUAUGAGCGCCAAGGCGAUUUGCACGGAGCUGAAGUUUUGCACUGCUGCAGCGGCUGCAUUGCCGGCUUCCGAUGCCGGUUUCUCCGCUUUCAACCCGGCUUUGGUGCAAAUGGUGAAAGACUCGAUGGAGGUGUCAGUUGAUGGGUGCUUCUUCUGCACGCAAGUGGCAUCCGUCAUUGAGGUGGCUGUAGCCGAAGAUCCCAGCAAGAUUACGGAGAUUCGGCAAAUUGCCGACAUGGUUUGUGGAAUGCUCCCGAGCGACAACCAGUGCCACUCGUUCGUGAAGCAGUUCGAUACUGUGGUUGACUCUCUGCAGAAGGGUGAACAACCUAAGGCGAUUUGUCACGAUCUGAAUUACUGCACGUUCGACAUGAACCCUGCAAUGGCCAAGCUUGAGGGCCUUUCGUCCGAUAUGAUUGCCAUUCAAAGCCAUGGGAAGGGAAGCAACACGUGUGCGUACUGCAGUGGCAUCGUUACUGUGCUCAAGUUUGCUCUCGACCAGAAGCCGGAACAAGUCAAGGAAAUGCGUGAAGCGGCUGGAAUCGUGUGUCAACUCCUUCCUGCUGACGAUACAUGCCACGAAGACCUCAAGAUGUUCGACGAAGCUGCUGCUGAUCUACAAGCUGGAAAGGAGCCUCACGAGAUUUGCCAAGCAUUAAAGUUCUGCUCAGCUUUGGAAGAUCCCAGCGCGUUGGUGUCGGAAAGCUUGGCAACCUUUGAGCGAGAGAUCAACUCCAUCUGCCGGUUGAUCCCGAACUCUACCGAGUGUGAGCUGCUGAUGAAGCACCAAGACAUGAUCAUUGAUUCACUGAAGAAGAACGAGGAUGUAGAGAUGAUCUGCACGCGUAUCGCUGCAUGCGAGCCCACAGCGGUGAAGGAAGUACCGGAGGAAGAGUCGAUGUCGGUGGGCUGUCUGUUCUGCGAGUACACUGCUGAGCUCUUGAAGCAUGCCAAGGAUAACGACAAGGCGGUUCACGAGGCGAAGGCUACCUUGGAAACAAUGUGCACGAUUCUGCCGCCACGUGCGCGCUGUGAUGCGCUUUCUUCCAAGUUCGAUGACCUGUUGUCGCUGGUGCGCGAGGGGAAGAGUCCAAGCGAAGCUUGCCACGCUAUUGCCCUGUGCGAUGCAGCUUUUGUCUAUUCGCCAACGUCAAGCAGUGAGGAGGACCCGCUGGAGCAAGCUUUCGAGAAAGCGCGGCAGACAAUGCAGAUUCUUUUUCAUGCAAGAAAACAGAACGGCGCAAUGAAGGACCGCUCUGCUCCACGCGAGGCCACACAGAUCCGCCGUACGCGUACAUUCUGGCAGAAAUUCCCUGAGAAAGAGGAGCUGAACCAGUACUGGUAUUCGGUCGGCACGGUGGCAACACUGGCAAGAGAAGCAAUCGUCGAGGCUCCGGAAUCUGGCGGCCGUGUUGCCUUCCUCUCUACCCCCAGCGUGUACUUCGCCGUCAAGUCCCAGCAAAGCGACUUCUCGACUCAACACGAGUGCUUCCUGUUCGAUUUUGACCCGAAGUUUGCGUCUGAGGGCGACCACUUUGUCCCCUUCGACUUCCACAAGCCCCAAGACGUGCCGUCCGAACUUGCCGGCACGUUUGACUUCGUCAUAGUGGACCCGCCGUUCAUCACUCGCGAGGUGUGGGAGCUCUACGCCGAGACCAUAAAACUCCUUCUGCGCUCCAAGGAGAGCAAGAUCUUGCUCACCACCAUCGAAGAGAACGCGGCAAUGAUCCACGAGCUGCUGGGCUGCCGUGCUAGGGCUUUCAAGCCUUCGAUCCCGCACUUGGUCUACCAGUACGCGCUGUACACCAACUACGAAUCGCCGGCUCUAGAUGCUGUGAACCCCGAGGUCGAUUUCGAUUGA